AUGCUUUCCGCCGAAGCGGAGCAGUAUGUCAAGCGACAUGACAAAGACGAAUGGUAUUACAGAAAGAAUUCAAUAAUGAUAGGUAGUGCGCGGGCUCUUGGCCGUCGUCAAGCAACCGUGCCAAAAACUGCGUAUACCCACUUUUUGCAAAAACGAUGGCGUGAAAUGUUGACGAAAUUCAACGGUGCGCGAAAAAACGUGAAUUCGCGCCUUGGUGACAAUGACGGCUGUUUUACAGUUGGUAGGAUUGUCGAUUCACAUUCGACCCACGGUCAAGAAUUUUUUAGAGGUUUUGCUGUCUUAAGGAUGAGACAACGCCUCUCUGCGAUUAUUGUAGUAGCAGUACUGCCUCUUCGAAUUUUGUUGCAUGUGAGCGGCGUCGAAGCCAUAAACAUUGGGAACGUUGCAUCAGCUCGUCGAGGACCCUCCCCAGUGCGCGGAAGUCGUCGGGACCUUGUCAGAAUCUUGACAAAUUCAUCCACCCCGUAUAGCAAUGCUGAAAAGGAUAGACCGGAAAAGGGAAAUCCAGAGUGUGACGACUAUUGGUGGAGUUACCAAGGGAACAACGGAACAAGUUUGCCCUGUAGAGAUCCAGUAGCGGACGCUGAACAACUCCCGGGCGAGGGAGGCGUCGGUGGCAGCGACGGCGAUGGUAUCGAAGGCGAGGAUUCUGGCGAGAAUGGGGAAGGCAUAGUUACACAAGCACCCUCAGACACAGAUUUCGGCGGCUCAGACGGUCCAACCGGAGUAUCUACUGUUUCGAAUGACGUUCAAAUAACGCUAUACGCUGCUUUACGUCCUAGGCAACCAAGUGUUGGCCAUACGAUCAUUUGGGUGACUACCCAUUUUCUGAAUACCACCAUGGCAAAAGACAAUUACAUGUUUGCGAUACCGCAGCGUCAAGACAAUGACGGCAAUCUGGAUGAUCGAAGCUUAUUGAGCACAAAUAAUACACGUGCUCAAGUCGCGGGUUUCUUAUUGAUCCAUGACUACACCAGUUCAAAAGUGGUCCAUAAGCGUGAGUCUCGUUGGUGGUGGCAGUAUAACAUAACCUAUCAUUGCUACUGGCCAGAAGGAACAGAGGCAGUUACUGACGCGUCCAUUCUAUCUUCGGUGGACCAACAAAUCAAAGAUGUACUGUUCUCAGCAAUCAAUAGUAGGUUGUUUCAACAGUGGAUGGACGACGAAACGCACGACGAUUUCAUCCAGGUAUGGUAUUCGUUUCACCAGAUUGAAGGUGCUACUGCUGAGCCGCCCGUUGACGAGAAUCCAAUUCCAUCACCUCCCCAGACUCCAAUCGGAAAGCCCACUCAGGCACCAAGUAUUUCGGAUGGUAAACUACGGGAUGUAGGCUCCUUUACGACUCCAUUGGAUCAAAAGGACUGGGACUGGCGCAGGUAUCUAGGGCUGGGACUUUUCGUCGGAACAUUAUUUGGAACGCUCGUUUUGACUCAAUUGGCCGCUUACCGACAUCGACUGAUUACUCGAAAGGAAUACUGGGGUAACAUUGGGACUGAAAGGGGUGUGAAUGAAAUUUUAAAUCUAGGCUGGAAAGUGCGAGGCGGAAACUUGGAGGUGUAUGACAAGGCUGGGGUAGGGUAUCGAGAUGAUGAUUCAAUUUUGAUCGGUGGCUACGAGCAGAAACAAGUUGUGGGCGCCGAGAUUACAGUAACACUCCCAUCAUCGGAGACGACACCCGACAAAACGCAUGGAAGCUAA